AUGCACACAUGGCACCGUACCACACCCAGUGAAGACAGCAAUGCGAAGAGGCUAGGACCUGAACUACGAGAUGAGGUGAACUGCGGAAGAGCUUCAGGGUGUGCGCGUGUGUGCACACCCGGGCACGCCUGUGCUUUGCAAAAUAGGAAGCCAGAAAGUGCCCCAGAGGACGUCUUCCCCGGAAAAGAGGCUGCGUGCCGGACCCGAAGGCCCCGCAGAACUGCUCUGGGCUUCCCCGGCUGCCUGGCAAGACGCAAGGACCAAAGGCGCAGGAGCCGAGGAAGUAACCUUUCCUUUGCCCCUGUCUGUCCCUCCUCACUUCCUCCUCCUCUCUCCCUCGGAAAACUUCACUCAGACCCCCAGCCAUACACAGGCGAUAGGUCUAUCCCUCUCCUAAAUCACCCAUGGUCUCUUUAUACUGUUACCUACGGGGAGGGGGAGGAGGGGGGGGAGAAUGCUAGGGUCUCAGAAAUACAUGACACCGUCAGGCAGGGCUGGCUCUGGAAAGUAGUGCCUCGCCUCUUCCUCCUCCAUUUCCUGCUUUCCUCUUGUAUCCGCUCCCUCCACUCUCACUCUCCACUCCCCUCCCUUUUUUUAAAUGUUAAAAAAAAGGUACAAACUUUAAUCAAGAAGAGAAAAUAUUGACGUACAAAACGAACAAGAUCCAAUACAGUGCGAAGGGGACCGGAAAUGUGAUAUAUUUGCUUUAAGAGGGGAAUUUGGGAUAAAAAGAGCUGGUAGGUUGGGAGGGGGCGUGAGAGGUGGGAGAAAGGAUAAGGUGCCGUGGUGAUGCGUCCUCCUGCCUGUAUCCCUGCGCCGGCUGUGGCACUGGGUGGAGUGGGGGAGGAGAAGGGAGCAAGAAGGGGGAGGAAAGGAGGAGAGAAGGGAGGGUGAGAGGUGUGGGUGAAGAGAGAGGGGAAGGAAUCUCGGGAUUGGACGACCGAGAGAGAGACGCUCCCGCACGCCGCCGGCUCUGAUUGGCCGACUGGUAGGAAAGGUUAAACCAAAAAUUUUUUUACAGCCCUAGUGUGCGCCUGUAGCUCGGAAAAUUAAUUGUGGCUAUAGCCGCCUCGAUCGCUGUCUCCCCAGCCUCGCUGCCGUCGUUCCGGGACGCGCCCGCCUGGUCUCCCCCCCUUUGGGCUGCUGCUGCUGCUGCUGCUGUUACUGCUGCUGCUGCUGCAGCAGGAGGAGGAGGAGAAGGAGGAGGAGGAAGAGGAGGAGGA